AUGGACCCUAAAAUGGCAUAUGCAUGGCAGCACCUAAAAGCUGACUUCAUGCAGCCCAGGAUCAACCACAUCCACAAGGCCGUAAAUCCUCUCCUUGAAGCCAGCAGAGUGCAACGGGAACAGUAUGGUGACAUCCCAAUGGCAGACAUGAUGGGGCCAGAGUCUGGGCUGGAGCUCCUUCACGGUAGACUCCAAAGGGAUCCCCGCGGCAGCCGCUCUGACCCUCAGAUGGACCAUCUGAGGCGAGAGAGGGAGUACAAGCUGGGUAGACAGACCUCCAGUGAGCAGGAGAUCCAGGCCAGGCUGAACGAGCUGCCAAUGAUUGUGCGUCAGGAGCGUUACCGGAGACGCCUGGAGAGGCAGUCGUCCAGUGAACAGGAGGCGCAAACAGGAAGCGGCAAACAGAGGCUACAGAGACAGGACUCGAGUGACUUAGAGGGCUCCGUUAAAGAGGGCUCUGACAAACGCUCAGGGGAGAAGAGAUCUACCAUGGCAGAGAUUGUAGAACAAGUCCAGGAGAGAGAGGCAGCACAUGCACGAGGCGAGCCUUAUCGCCCUCCCAGCAGCCUCUCGGCACCUGUGACUCGUUUCGACGGACGGCCCCGUGCCCGAGACCGUCCAAAACCAAGAAGGAGGCCCCGUCCAAAAGAGCCUGAGGAGACACGGCGCUCUCGCUCAGCCCCAGCCACUGGAGCCCCAACGACUCCCCAGCCGCCUUCCCUCACUGCCCAUAAUGAAGGAUUCCUCUACCGCAAAAAGGCCACCAGUGCUGACCUAGAUGGUCAACAGAAGAGCCCCAACAGUAAGUCGUGGGUCAAUGUAUACUGUGUGCUGAAAGAGGGAACGCUGACCUUCUACAAGGACGCCAGGAACCACAAGACGACGUACAACGAAGAGCCAUCUGUUGAACUCCGUGACUGCUCAUUUGAUCCUUCACUGGGAUACAAGAAGAAGAAAAAUGUUUUUAUUCUCCAAAUAAACGAUGGAAACUUCUUUGUAUUCCAUGCGAAAGAUGAGGAAGACCUGAAGGCCUGGACUUCAAACAUCUCCACCUGUAUAUCCGAGUAUGACGACAUGGCCAAGUGGGACAAGCCUGGGACCUCGUCCAUGGACCCUGACCACUCGGAGAGGAAGGAGAAGUCGGAGGGCGACGCGGACGCCAGGUCAGAGAGGUCUGAGCUGGCCGAAGGGGAGGAGAGGUCUGAGAAGGAGAGGUCAGAGAAAGGGGAUGGCUCUGAGAAGCUAGACACAUCAGAAAUCGCAGACAAGAUGGAGGGCGGGGCAGGGGGCUCCAGCACGUCUGGAAAAAGCAAAUGAGGAGCCCCCUUUGUCGUUUUAAAUUUACUCACUGACAGAGGGCUUGGGAGGCAGUAGGUGGGAGGGAGAGAGG